UGAGACGCCAGGUCUCCAGGGCUCCAGUCACUCCAGAGACAGCCAUGGGGGGGAAGAAGGACAAGGACGAGGACAAGGCCCAUGGGAAGCCAGUCAAAUAUGACCCCUCCUUUCGAGGCCCCAUCAAGAACAGGAGCUGCACGGAUGUCAUCUGCUGUGUCCUCUUCCUGGUCUUCAUCCUGGGUUACAUCGUGGUGGGCAUCGUGGCCUGGGUGUACGGAGACCCUCGGCAAGUCCUCUACCCCCGGAACUCCACUGGGGCCUACUGCGGGAUAGGGGAGAACAAAGAUAAGCCGUAUCUCCUCUACUUCAACAUCUUCAGCUGCAUCCUGGCCACCAACAUCAUCACAGUCGCAGAGAAGGGCCUCCAGUGUCCCACCCCCCAGGUCUGUGUGUCUUCCUGCCCAGAGAAGGCAUGGACCGCGGGCUGGCCUGAGUACUCGCAGACGGUCGGAGAGGUCUUCUAUAAUGCAGGCAGGAACUUCUGUCAGCCGGGGGUGCCCAGCGACAUGAAUGUGCUCCAAAGCCUGACUCAGGAACUCUGCCCCAGUUUCCUCCUCCCCUCCACUCCAGCGCUGGGCCGCUGCUUCCCUCUGAGCAACGCCACUGCACCCGAUUUCCCAACGAUCCAGAAUUCCUCCGUCCCGGACUCCAUCAGCGGGCUUCUCGACAGCCUCAACGCCCGGGACAUCAGUGUUAAGAUCUUUGAAGACUUUGCCCAGUCCUGGUACUGGAUCCUCGUUGCCCUGGGGGUGGCUCUGAUUCUGAGCCUGCUGUUCAUCCUGCUGCUCCGCCUGGUGGCCGGGCCACUGGUGCUGGUGCUGAUCCUCGGCGUGCUGGGCGUGCUGGCCUACGGCAUCUACCACUGCUGGACGGAGUACCGCGUGCUGCGGGACCGGGGCGCCUCCAUCUCCCAGCUGGGCUUCACCAGCAACCUCAGCGCCUACCGCAGCGUCCAGGAGACCUGGCUGGCUGCGCGUGAGUGCCCAUCCGCCCUCGAGGGCGUCCUGCUGCUGCUGCUCAUCUUCCUGCGACAGCGGAUCCGCAUCGCCAUCGCCCUCCUGAAGGAGGCCAGCCGGGCAGUGGGACACAUGAUGUCCACCAUGUUCUACCCGCUGGUCACCUUCGUCCUCCUGCUCAUCUGCAUCGCCUACUGGGCCAUGACUGCUCUGUACCUGGCCACGUCGGGGCAGCCCCAGUAUGUCUUCUGGGCGCCCAACGCCAACUUGCCCAGCUGCGAGAACGUGAAUUCAUCAUGCGACCCCAUGGCCCAGCCUGUGAACUCCUCGUGCCCAGGGCUGAUGUGCGUCUUCCAGGGCUACUCGGCCACAGGCCUAGUUCAACGCUCUCUCUUCAACCUGCAAAUCUAUGGGGUCCUGGGGCUCUUCUGGACCCUUAACUGGGUGCUGGCCCUGGGCCAGUGUGUCUUGGCCGGGGCCUUUGCCUCCUUCUACUGGGCCUUCCACAAGCCCCAGGACAUCCCCACCUUCCCCCUGAGCUCUGCCUUCAUUCGUACACUCCGUUACCACACCGGGUCUCUGGCGUUCGGAGCCCUCAUCCUGAGUCUCGUGCAGAUAGCCCGAGUCGUCUUGGAGUACAUUGACCACAAGCUGAGGGGAGCCCAGAACCCUGUGGCCCGCUGCAUCAUGUGCUGCUUCAAGUGCUGCCUCUGGUGCCUGGAGAAGUUUAUCAAGUUCCUGAACCGCAACGCGUACAUCAUGAUCGCCAUCUACGGGAAGAAUUUCUGCGUCUCAGCCAAAAACGCCUUUAUGCUGCUCAUGAGGAACAUCCUCAGGGUGGUGGUGCUGGAUAAAGUCACCGACCUGCUGCUGUUCUUCGGGAAGUUGCUCGUGGUCGGAGGCGUUGGGAUCCUGUCCUUCUUUUUUUUCUCUGGUCGCAUCCAGGGGCUAGGUAAAGACUUCGAGAGCCCCCACCUCAAUUAUUACUGGCUUCCCAUCAUGACCUCCAUCCUGGGAGCCUACGUGAUCGCCAGUGGCUUCUUCAGCGUUUUUGGCAUGUGCGUGGACACACUCUUCCUCUGUUUCCUGGAAGACCUGGAACGGAACGACGGCUCCCUGGACCGCCCCUACUACAUGUCCAAGGGCCUGCUGAAGAUUCUGGGCAAGAAGAACCAGGCGCCCCCAGGGGACAAGAAGAGGAAGAAGUGAGGGACCCGACCCAGACCCAGGACUGCAGCCCGCCUGUACAGCCUCGUUUCGCCAUACAGAUCUCGAUUUUGUAGCAAAGAGAUUUUAUUA